AUGAGCCGGUCCCUUCAUCUGAACCACAGCCCUUGGACGUACGUGGUCUGCGUCCGUGGUGUCCACAAGGUGCUAAGUGUUGUCAGCAUCGACGUGGGCUUUGCUCCCGCCACGCCCCGGCUGGCCACGCCCCGGCUGGCCACGCCCCGGCUGGCCACGCCCCGGCUGGCCACGCCCCGGCUGGCCACGCCCCGGCUGGCCACGCCCCGGCUGGCCACGCCCCGGCUGGCCACGCCCCGGCUGGCCACGCCCCGGCUGGCCACGCCCCGGCUGGCCACGCCCCGGCUGGCCACGCCCCGGCUGGCCACGCCCCGGCUGGCCACGCCCCGGCUGGCCACGCCCCGGCUGGCCACGCCCCGGCUGACCACGCCCCGGCUGACCACGCCCCGGCUGACCACGCCCCGGCUGACCACGCCCCGGCUGACCACGCCCCGGCUGACCACGCCCCGGCUGACCACGCCGGCCAUGUGA